UUCUGCUGGAGCUGGCUGAGUGAAAGAACCCAGCCUGGUCCUCACCCCCUCCCCAUCCCCCACGAACCAAGCCGCUGUGAUGUCCUUGCUGUCGCCGCCGCCCCAUUCCGCCGCGCACCAGCCCUGGGGGCACUGGCUGUGCUCAGCUGCCCAGUCUCACCCAGGCUUCGGGCUUCCUGGAGGGUCAUACAACCUAUAGCUAUGAUUAAGACGCUCACUUGAUCGCAGAGGUGGCGCGCAGCCCGACGAGCUGAUGACGGACCCCUGCCUCCCGCCUUCAAUGCCUCAGCAGAAGACCCCCAAAGGCUGGAGAGAGGAGGGCUGCGGCUGGACAUCCUCCGGGCGACGCUGCUCGGACCUGGUGCUAGUGGUGGAUGAGACUGGCGACUGAACAAGUCCCUGCCUUUGACUUCGCUGUCGUCUGCCCAGUCGUUGCCGUCGAUCCGGACCGGUCCCCACCUUGCGCCUUCUGCCUCUCAUCCCAGAUCGGGUCCCGGCUUCGGGCGCCCCGGGGCUUGCCCCGCGCCUGCCGCCGCCCGCGCGCCGACUGCCCGCCGCGUCCUCCUGACAGCUGCGGCGGCGGUGAUGCAGAGGAGGAGGGCGCUGCCGGCGGCGGUGCUCAUGGUGGCGGUCGGCGCCCGGGUGUAAUGCGAGCGUCAUGGUGGAGAUGCUGGCUUCGAGGCGGUGAGAGAGCAAAGGAGGGCGAGAGUCAGCCAAGGGCGGAAGACAAACCAGUUCCGAUGCUUUCUUUCCUCUGUCGCUUUCCCCCACUCUAUUUUACCCGUGGUUUGCAUAUUUAAAAUCUCUGGACUCAAUCCUCUCCCUACCACCGAAGUCUCCCCGUUUCUAAAUGGAAUUAGUGGAGAUCGGAGCCUCUGGUGUAACGCACAGACAUGAUCUAUGGACGCAGUUUGUUUCACAUUAUAGCAAGUUUAAUCAUCCUCCAUUCUUCUGGAGCAACCAAGAAAGGAACAGAAAAACAAAUCACCCCAGAAACACAGAAGUCAGUGCAGUGUGGAACGUGGACAAAGCAUGCAGAGGGAGGUGUCUUUACCUCUCCCAAUUAUCCCAGCAAAUAUCCCCCAGACCGAGAGUGUGUCUACAUCAUAGAAGCUGCCCCAAGGCAGUGCAUUGAACUUUACUUUGAUGAAAAAUACUCAAUCGAACCAUCUUGGGAGUGCAAAUUUGAUCAUAUUGAAGUUCGAGAUGGACCCUUUGGCUUUUCUCCAAUAAUUGGAAGGUUCUGUGGGCAACAGAAUCCACCUGUAAUAAAAUCUAGUGGACGAUUUCUGUGGAUUAAAUUUUUUGCUGAUGGCGAGCUGGAGUCUAUGGGAUUUUCAGCUCGAUAUAAUUUCACACCUGAUCCCGACUUUAAGGACCUUGGAGUUUUGAAACCAUUGCCAGCGUGUGAGUUUGAGAUGGGCGGCCCGGAAGGAAUUGUGGAGUCCAUACAGAUUCUGAAGGAAGGCAAAGCUUCUGCCAGUGAAGCCGUGGAUUGCAAAUGGUACAUCCGAGCCCCACCACGAUCCAAGAUUUACUUACGUUUCUUGGACUAUGAAAUGCAGAAUUCAAAUGAGUGCAAAAGAAACUUUGUGGCUGUCUAUGACGGAAGCAGCUCCGUGGAGGAUUUGAAGGCCAAGUUCUGCAGCACAGUGGCUAAUGACGUCAUGCUGCGCACAGGCCUUGGGGUGAUCCGCAUGUGGGCAGACGAGGGCAGCCGGAACAGCAGGUUUCAGAUGCUCUUCACAUCCUUUCAAGAACCUCCCUGUGAAGGCAACACAUUCUUCUGCCACAGUAACAUGUGUAUUAACAACACGCUAGUCUGCAAUGGGCUCCAGAACUGUGUAUAUCCAUGGGAUGAAAAUCAUUGUAAAGAAAAGAGGAAAACCAGCCUGCUGGAUCAGCUGACCAACACCAGUGGGACGGUCAUUGGCGUGACUUCCUGCAUUGUGAUCAUCCUUAUUAUCGUUUCUGUCAUUGUACAGAUCAAACAGCCUCGUAAAAAAUACGUCCAAAGGAAGUCAGACUUUGACCAGACCGUUUUCCAGGAGGUGUUUGAGCCUCCCCACUAUGAGUUAUGUACGCUCAGAGGAACUGGAGCAACAGCUGACUUUGCAGACGUGGCAGAAGACUUUGAAAAUUACCAUAAACUGAGGAGAUCAUCUUCCAAAUGCAUCCAUGACCAUCACUGUGGAUCCCAACUGUCCAGCGCGAAAGGCAGUCGCAGUAACCUCAGCACAAGGGACGCUUCCAUUUUGGCAGAGAUACCCACACAGCCAGUCAAGCCCCUCAUCCCACCCGUGAACAGAAGGAACAUCCUGGUCAUGAAACACAACUACUCACAAGAUGCCGCCGAUGCUUGUGACAUCGACGAGAUUGAGGAGGUGCCCACCACGAGCCACAGGCUAUCCAGACAUGAAAAAUCUGUCCAGCGGUUCUGCCUCAUUGGGUCUCUAAGCAAACAUGAAUCUGAAUACAACACAACUAGGGUCUAAAACGAAAAUUCAAGAGAAGAACUAUUUAUACAAACAUGGGGACUGUGAAAAGAAAAUUCCGUAGUGAAUUGUGAAAAGUGGACAUAUUUCUAAAUUCAUUCCACUGCCUUUAUCCAAACUUAAGAGUUACAGACAUGUGUUAUUCCUUCGGCAAGACUCCCUGCUGCUGCACAAUGAUGUGUCCAUUUCCUAAUUUGGUUGCUGAUCACCAAGUGCUCCUUAGGUUUUAAAUACAUUCUGAGAUUUACGGAAACUUGAAGAAGAAAUUAGUUCCUGAUUGAGACUACCCCAGCUUUAUGUUUACUGUCGUUUUCACGUUAUUUAUAUGUUGUUUACGUGUCUUUGUUACAUGAUUGUACUUAUGUGAUCUGUGG